AUGGAUUUGUCCAACCUCAAGGAGCAGGUCAGCAACAUGACCAUGUAUGACCUGAAAGCGGGUGUCCGCAAAGUACAGAAUGCUGUUAUGAAUUAUACCGAGAUGGAAUCCAAGGUCCGCGAAGCUACGAACAAUGAACCGUGGGGCGCCUCCUCGUCUUUAAUGCAGGAGAUCUCCAAUGGAACUCAUAGCUACCAGCUGCUGAAUGAGAUCAUGCCUAUGAUCUACAGACGGUUCACCGAUAAGAGUGCGGAGGAGUGGCGACAGAUUUACAAGGGCCUUCAACUGUUAGAAUUCCUCGUCAAGAACGGCUCCGAGCGUGUCGUCGACGACGCCCGAUCCCACAUGUCCCUCCUCCGAAUGCUUCGUCAGUUCCACUAUAUCGACCAGAACGGCAAGGAUCAGGGUAUCAACGUGCGCAAUCGCUCGUCGGAGCUGGUCAAAUUGCUGGGGGACGUUGAAUUGAUCCGGUCCGAGCGAAAGAAGGCCCGCGCCAACCGCAAUAAAUUCAGAGGCUUCGAGGGUGGAUCGGGCAUCGGAUCGGGCAUCGGCGGUGGCGGCGGCGGCGGCGGCGGCAUGACGGGGUCUGGUGGCAGAUACUCUGGGUUCGGAAGCGAUAGCAUUGGCUAUGGCGGAUACAGUGGCGGCGUGUUCGGUGACGGCGGCGGGUUUGGCGGCAGCUCCGGCGACUUCCAAGAUACCGGACGGCGGGGCAACCGGUUCGACGAGUACGACGAGUACGACGAGGCCGACGCUACCCCCCCGCCGCGGCGUGGAUCGAGCCCGCCCCGUGCCCGGCGCGAGGCCAAGCAAGCGCCGGCGCCGGCCCCCAAGGAGCCCGAAGCCGACCUGUUCGAUUUCGGCGACGACGAAGUCACCACGACGGCGUCCACCGCGGCGGGCAAGCAGCCUGCGAGCGGCGGCAACGGCCUGGACAUCCUCGACUCGAAACCGAUGGACGACGACGACUUCGACGACUUCCAGUCCGCUACCCCGGCGCCGGCCCCCGCGCCAGCUUCAUCCAACCAGUUCGGCAUCCCCGCGUCGACCGUCAGCACAACCUCCAGCACGCAGUUCGCCGCUCCAAAACCCGUCUCGGGCACGCAGGAGUCGAACCUCAACGGCCUGGUCGGAUUCCAGUCCAUGACGCCCACGCCCCCGUCCAGCUCCAUCGCUUCCCCAGCCCUGUCGCAAACCUCGGCGAUCCCCCAGCAGAAGUCCCAGCCGCUCAAGCCGGCCGGCUUCCAAGCAGCCACCCCCAACUACUUCACCUCCAUCUCCACCAACAGCCCCCAAGCCGCCGCUGGUGGUGUCUCGGGCCACCGACCCAACAUGCCCUCCACCUCGUCCUUCACCUCCGCGACCACCACUGCCUCCUCAGGGGCCGCGGCCAACAAGCCCGCCGCGGCCAACAAGCCCUCCGGCGGCGACGCCUUUGGCUCGCUCUGGUCCACCGCCAGCGCCAGCGCAGGCAUCCAGAAGUCCUCGUCCGUCAACAAGGGCCCCAACCUCGCCAGCAUGGCCAAGGAGAAGGCCAGCGCUGGCAUCUGGGGCGCUGCUCCUUCCAACGCGGCGUCCCCGUCGCCUCGGGCUCAGACCGGUUCUUCUCAGCCGAAGACGACUGGUAGCUCGGGAAUGGACGAUCUGCUGGGUUAG